AUGGUAGGAUCAACGGAUAAACAGGAAGUUAAACAGAGCGGUGAGGUAGCGGCUGUAGAUGCAGUGGCGAAGAAUGUAAAGAGCGCAGUGUCAUUGUCAGAAAAGGCUACUGAGCCUGGGUUAGAGUUUUCCUCUGCUGUGACAGCGUUGAAGGGAUCGAAUGCAUUGAAGGCAGUACAUAAGAAACUAGCUAAUGGACCAAGGGCUGGAAAUAGGUUUCAGCCUCUUCACCAGAAGCCUAAGAGCGUGGCGAGGUUGGAACACUCAUUGGGCGCCGGAUCUCACAUACACAAGAGUCUUCACAAGUCGAUGUUUAAGAAACAGAUCCCUUCUCAGAAGCUCAAAGAGAAAUUUGCAUCUCCUACUGAUAGUCUUCUAUCACCAUGCUCGCAAAAGUUGAACGAUCACAGGUCAAAGUUGUUCAAGACGAAGCAGAACCCCACGAAGUUGAACUUCGCGACUGCUAAGGCGGGUAUUAGUGCAGAUGAGCUAGAUGACUAA